CGGAUACCACUCGCUAUGUCCGGACGCGGGAAGCAGGGCGGCAAGGCUCGCGCCAAGGCCAAGACGCGCUCGUCGCGGGCCGGGCUGCAGUUCCCGGUGGGCCGCGUGCACCGCCUGCUCCGCAAGGGCAACUACUCGGAGCGGGUCGGGGCCGGCGCGCCGGUGUACCUGGCGGCCGUGCUGGAGUACCUGACGGCCGAGAUCCUGGAGCUGGCGGGCAACGCGGCCCGCGACAACAAGAAGACGCGCAUCAUCCCGCGCCACCUGCAGCUGGCCAUCCGCAACGACGAGGAGCUCAACAAGCUGCUGGGCCGCGUCACCAUCGCGCAGGGCGGCGUCCUGCCCAACAUCCAGGCCGUGCUGCUGCCCAAGAAGACCGAGAGCCACCACAAGGCCAAGGGCAAGUGAAACGUUUACGGAAUCGGCCCGCUCUCCCAAUCCCGAAAAUCAAAGGCUCUUUUAAGAGCCAC